AUGGCCGCGGAGAAAGAAGACAUGGAAAGGCUCCUCGACACGAUGCACGUGCAUGUCGCCAGGAUCCGGGAGGAAGCCGCUCAAGGCCGGCGUGCGCUGAAUGCUACGCGGGCGCUUGAGGCUCUGGCCAGCAAGGAUGUUCUGGAGAAGGAGCAUGGCUACCAGAAGGCGUUGGAAGAGCUCACGCAUCUAAACGAAGUGGUACACGCAACGAGGCGCCGGGAGCACCGGCAGUCAGACAAAAGUACCCCAAGAAACAGGUCCGAGCCCAACGUCUCUGCAAGCGCAUCUCGAGAAAACGUGAGAGAAGCGUCAGAGCAUGUGGUUGAGACGACUCCACGAUCCUCUAACGAGACAGAUUCCGGUGUGGAGAAACUGAUGCCAGUGCAUCUCUUGCAAGCGCAGAAGUCUCAGGCUUCCUCCGGCACAAACCCUGACAGCGCUGAUGAAAGCUUCCACAAGGGUCGGCAAGAUGCUAGAAAGCCUCCCUGUCACAAGCGCAAAAGCUCACUGCCCGGUCAUGUAGAUGGCUUGCCGGCAGAACCGGAUCUCGGCAUUACGCCGGAAGCGAGUGCAGAGCCUUCAACCAGUCCGACAACCACCACCUCCGUCAGCACCUCGACCAGCACGACACAAUCAUCCACUACCCCCCAGACUUUGCCAGCAUCAACACCCCGGCAAGGGGACAGCGCCGAGCCCGAAGAAGACCUUCCCAACCGGGCUGUUACUGGAAAGCCUGAUCCGGCGAUCGAUGCUGCAGCAGAGGGCGUUCACCCGGAGGGCGCGCCUGCAAGCACACUGCCACCCACCACCAGCUUGCCAAAGCCACCGCGAAUUCACGAGGAGACUUGGCCAAUCCAGUACGAGGACGGCGAGUGGGGCACAGAACGAGGCCCGCCUCUUGUGGCCUCCACCACAGGGCCGUCCUCUCCUAACUGGUACGAGGAGGCUGACUGGGGGGAGCUCUGGUCUCAGCAGGAGCGGCUUGCGCGGCAGCUCCCCGACCUCUACCGGCGAUGGGAGCUGGCCCAAAACCACACGCGUGGCAUGCUCAAGGCGUGCCUAGUAGCAGAAGACGCUGAGCGCCAGUUGCAUGCAGCUGUGGAGAAUCACCUGAAGGCCAUACACCUGGUCUCGGUGCAUUUCAACGCCACGAAGGUGAAGCUGCUGAGACUCCGGGGGCGAGCCAGGAUAGCCCGUGAUGCACUGGAGCGGCUGCCUCGAUGCCGCUAUACCGGCAACAGCAGGCGCGAGGAUGUCGAGGUGGAGGUGAAGGAGGCUGCUCUGCGCCUCGAGAGUCUGCGAGGGCAGGUGAAGGCCCUUGAACGGGCCGCGGCGCCCUCCUGGAAGCAGCUUCAGGCCGGGUUGGCAAAGCUCCGAACCCUUGGCGAACUUCGUCAGGGCCCAGGCUUCCCGAGUGCUGGCGACAGGAGUGCUUGA